ACAUUUGCGCUUCAGAUACCCGCGACCUAACGAACGUCUGUUCAUAUUCAAAAAACGCGGCUCAGUUGAAGCUGAAUGUUUAUCUUGACUAGUCUCAAGUGCAGUGUGAACAGCAACAUGUUUGCCAAGCAUUGCGCAUGCGCUUAAAAGUAUUCUAUGAGGCUACGUGGGUGGGCCAGUUGUGUUAAAGGACAAACUGCCAAAGGACAUUGAAACGCGCACGUAUUAUUCAACAAACGAGCAUUGAGCAAUGCACAGCUAAGCGGGAAAAAAACACCCACAAAAAAGAAAAAAUAAAACAUAAAAUGAACUUCACAAGUUAAGCAACUAAAAACAACGCGUUGAAUACUAAACAUAUCCACAAGUGACAUAAUACACAUCAAAAACAAAAACGAGCUUUGCAUUUGUUUAAAUAAUUAGUGACAAUACACACGAAAAAUAUCAGUUAUACAAGAGAAAAUAAAUUAGAGCAACAUGUCAACCGUAUCCUCCAGUAACUCAAGCGGCGAUGAGCCCAACAAAAAACCCGGGGUCAACAGCGAGGAGUGCUCCCACCUGCUGGAGGCGAACGAGAACGGUGCCAAAUAUGGCUCCCGGCAAGCGGUAAAAAUCGUCAAGACCCAAGACAAUGUCAAUGACAGUGCCAAUGCCAGACCUCAAGAUCAGGAAAAUCUACUUGGCAGAAUGGUGCACACGUCCACCGAGAACAGGUCGAAGACCUUGCCGCAAUAUGUUGCCGCUCUGGCGGCAGCUGGCGGUGCCUUUGCAGCCGGUACACUGCUCGGCUGGACCUCGCCGGCAGAGACGGGCAUCGUUAAGGACGCAACUGCAUACGACUUUGAUGUCAGCUCUACGCAAUACUCCUGGGUCAGUUCGUUUAUGACCCUUGGUGCUGCCUGUGUCUGCAUACCGAUUGGCUUCCUCAUCAAUUUUAUUGGACGCAAAUGGACAAUGCUGCUACUGGUCGCCCCCUUCGUAGUGGGCUGGGCCCUGUUGAUCUGGGCACAGAACGUAUUCAUGAUGUACAUUGCACGUUUCAUUCUGGGUAUCGCAGGCGGUGCCUUCUGCGUAACGGCGCCCAUGUACACUGGUGAAAUUGCCCAAAAGGAUAUUCGCGGCACGCUUGGCAGCUUCUUCCAGCUUAUGAUCACCAUCGGCAUACUGUUUGUGUAUGGCAUUGGUGCUGGUCUCAGCGUCUUCUGGAUGAGCAUCGUCUGCGGCAUUUUGCCCAUUAUCUUUGGCGUCAUAUUCUUCUUCAUGCCGGAAUCUCCCACAUAUUUGGUUUCAAAGAAUCGCUCAGAUGCCGCUGUGAAAUCCAUUCAAUGGCUGCGUGGCACCGAAUACGAUUAUGCACCUGAAAUGGAGGAACUGCACCAGACCGAACGCGAGAUCCGUGAAAACAAGGUUAAUAUCCUUGCAGCCUUGGCACGUCCCGUUACAAUCAAGGCAUUGUGCAUUAGCCUGGGUCUGAUGUUCUUCCAGCAGCUGAGCGGCAUUAACGCUGUCAUUUUCUACUCGGAGGCCAUCUUCGAAGAUGCCAACACUGGAAUAAGCGCCAGCAUGUCUACAAUCCUGAUUGGUGUAAUGCAAGUGGUGGCGACCUUUGUAUCCACAAUGGUGGUGGACAAGCUGGGACGUCGCAUUCUGUUGCUUGCCUCGGGAGCUGUUAUGGCGCUGUCAACCACUGCAAUUGGCGUGUACUUUUAUAUGAAAGAUCAGGAUCCAGCCAGUGUGGAUAAUUUGGGUUGGCUGCCCGUGGGCAGUUUGUGCAUUUUCAUGAUCAUGUUCUCGAUUGGCUAUGGCCCGGUGCCAUGGUUGAUGAUGGGCGAACUCUUUGCCACCGAUAUCAAGGGCUUCGCCGGCUCUAUUGCUGGCACCACCAACUGGGUGCUCGCCUUCGUCGUAACAAAAACGUUUAAGAAUCUUAAUGAUUCAUUGGGAAGUGGCGGCACCUUCUGGUUGUUCGCUGGUGUUACUAUUGUUGGCGUCAUCUUCGUCUUCCUGGCUGUGCCCGAGACGAAGGGCAAGAGUCUGAACGAGAUUCAGAUGGAAUUAGCUGGAAACCGAAACGCGUCCACAAUGCAGCCAGCGAAUGGUGAACCGAAGUAAAUCAUCUUGAGCUCAGUUUAAUGUUAUGAUUUUUUUUGUAUUUUAUUUAAAAUGUAACUUUACGUUAAGUGAAAAGUCAAGUUCCGUUUUGCAAUUGAUGAAUUUGUUAAAAAAUUGUAUGUGUAAUCAGUCCAUAUUGGCACAGGUAAAAGAUAUAAAGCAAGAAAGACAGUAAGAAAGAGUACUAAGAAUGAAGACUGAAGGUCAAGUGCAUAAUAGGCAGAAUUCAAGCACUCCUAGCUUAGCCACAUGCCAUACAACUAUCGCAAUUUAUGUUAGCUGCUACCUUUGAGUGGCCCAUAAAAAAGACAAUAGAUAUCAACAUUCAUACACAUAAUGAUUUACGCAAUAAAAGUUACUCAUAUAUGGAUUGUGUAGCCUGGCUUUGAAUGUGUGGUAUUUAGGUAUGUCGAAACCUGUUCCGUGUGUUAUUCGAAACAUUCAGCUUUUUAUAUAAGAGUUUUUAGCCUGUUUAGUUGUAAGCCACGCAUUUGCCGAUAUAUUUAUUUACUAAACGGUUUUCUAACAUUUUAUAUAUAUUAUUUUAACAUUAUUUGAUAUCAAACAUUUCGAAUCGCAUGCAUUACAAAACUACAAUAUU